ACGUUACAUUUGUGAAAGUAACAGUGCGCAUAAUUUAGAUGACAAAGCUUGUAAUUCAUAAAGGUGAAAGAUUUCGGAUUCUAGCUGCUUUCCAAAGAAAGAACACAAUGUCCUUCUUGCAUAUCCUUGUCACGUGUUGCCUGGUAGCUAUAGCCUCUGCUUUGUAUGAUUGCACAAACAAUGGAGGGUAUGGUUGUAAAUAUGGCGGCAAGUGUCAUUUCUAUGGCUUCUGUAUUUGUCCCAAAGGCUUCCAAGGCCACGAUUGUGGGUUAAAAACGGAAUUUAUUACCCCAGCUGCCGCAUGCACUGUGGACUGCAAAAAUGGUGGAACAUGCUAUGAGAAAAACAGAUGUUACUGCCAAGAUGGAUUCAUUGGCGAAUUCUGCGAAAUUCCAUCUACCGUGGCCAGAUGUGCUCCUGACAAGAUGGUUAUUGAGGCGUACAGACCUCUUGGAUUUACAGGGGAGGUUUACAUCUACAAAAACAGGAAAUCAUGCGCUCUAAAGCCUGUACCUUCUGAUAUUCCGGAUAUGAUGAAACUGGAAAAAAUAGUUCUCCACAGCGACAGGACCGAGUGUGCUUUAACACGUCAUCCUGACACACCUAAACUUGGUGAUGUAACAAUGAAAACCACAGUUGUUAGCACUUACAACUACAAUCAAUUCGGACCACGUGAUAAAAUUAUGGAACUUUCCUGUGUUCAUACAAAUAGUUUUCAAGGAACUUCCAAAGAAAUAACAGAAACAGCUUUUCCGUUCCGCAUGGUUGCGCUUGACAUGAAUGGAGAGCCAGUGCAAGCAUUGGCUGCUAAUGAGAGCAUCAUUCUUCAGUUCGAACCUGUCGGACUUCCAGAUGUCCGUGGUGUCAUGGUCGAGUACUUAGAGGUAUACAGUAUUAACGCCAACUCCAAUGAGGUUGUCAGCAAAACUGUCAUUGAAAAUGGAUGUGUAUUAAGAACAGCUCAGCAGCACUUGGAGAUUCCCAUCAGAAACUACUCCGAAAUGAAUCGUGCAGGGACUGGUUGGGUGGCCAGAGUCGCCAUGAAGGCUUUUAUUCUUCUACCAGGAGAGCCAUUGUUAUUCAAAUCAAGAUUACGUUUCUGUCCUGGAAAAUGCCAUGGCGUGACUUGUGGCAUGUAAUGACCAGUUUGAUGAUGAUAAGGAGGAUCCGCAGCUUCUAUUUAAACAAUCAUAAGAAUAUUUAUAAUCGCUUUUAUACAUCUGUGUAUGUACACUUAUAUACACAAUUUGCAAAACACUGUGAUUUAAUGCAGUAUUUGUAUACAUGGGAAUAUUCGUUCCCAUUUUUCUUUCUUUUCUAUCUUACGAAUGAGUUACAGGAAAGGCUGCGUCAUGAAAACUGAAAAAUUAUAUUAUAUGAAUAUAAUUUUUUGAUAAAUCGGAGAGAAUAACGUAACAAGUAACCAAAAAAAUUAACAAAGCUAUUUGUCUUAAAAACAGAGGUUAUCUUAAUUUGCACCAAAUGGAGUAAAUGAUAAACAAUGUUGUCGCGCUAAAUUAUUAAUUUCUGGGUCAGCAGAGUCAUUGCGACUGUUGCUUUCCUACUGUUGACAAACUUUCGUUUUGUUUCCUGAAGAAACAUUUUACAUGCACAGUACAUGGCAACUUAAGAUAUGAUGAAUGUUUGGGCGUUUCCUUUCACAUGUAUCUCUGUCAAAAAAUCUACAUUUUCCGUUUUUUUUAUCUUUUCCCUUUUUAAAAGAAAUUGCGAGCAACUUAAAAGAAUAUAUUUUACUUGAAUUAGGGAAAUCGGAAUUUACAUCUUCUGAUUAAUCAAAAGUUAACUACAUGUAUAAGGUUGUUAAUGUAAGUGCAUUUUCGUUUGCUUGCCGCUUUCGAUCAUUUUUCAAAUAACUUCAUAAUUCUUCUAUGAUGAAGAUAUUUUCAUAAGGCAUUACAAUCAUAUAAAAUAAUAAAACAUUAAAUAACAAAUGAUUUAAAA